AAUCUAAUUUUCCUGAUCUGAAACCAAAAAAAUAUCAUAAUGAGUGGAGGGAAUUUUCACACUAGGGACCCAACCAGAUGAGUAGUCCUCUCUUUGAAUUGUUGAGGCUCAUAAACAGAUUUAGCUAUUCUACAGCCAUGUAGUUUUCGAAUUAUGACCACAUUUUGAGGUGCAAGUUUACUGGUAUUUAGACAUUUGUCUUGCUGAUCAAAGUCUUGUCCUGUCUCGGACUGCCAGUUUAAGUGGUCUGCCCUACAAAGGUCGGUUGUGAAACAAAAAUCAUCUUUUAAUUAAGAUUUGAUUUUAUUGACACAUUUUCAAUCAUGGUUGUUGAAAUUUCUUCAGGGUUACUGUGCCAAAUGCCUGAUCUGUUGUGCAAACUGAACUGUUAUUUCUUCGGUGGCUCUCUCUUGUUAGAACCUACACCAGAGUUUCUCUAGGUUAGAGAUUAUGGUGUUUUUGCGACUUGCUACUUUGCAAACUGUUAAUGAUGAAAUCUGGAGUCUGGACUCCUUAUGACUUUGUGAACUUCAACAUUUUGAGAACAUGCUUUUCCCAUUGACAAGAGCAUUGCAGCUUCACUAGCAUAAACCAUGGCUGCAGUCCUUUCAAUUUUUCUUGGAACGUACAGAUCCUGGUGCCAUAGAUUUUGCGUACACACAUUUUGCAGUAGUGAGGCAAGCAUUGAAUUUUACUUGGAAUUAACCAACAGAUCAACUCUUCCACCAAUUCUUAGGCUUUUGUGGUUUUAUGGUAGAUUAUCUCAUUCAAUUGCCAACAAACAUAUUAUACCUUGUUUGAAUAAAUUCUCUAUACAACUUUGAGUUUGAUGAUGUAAUAAUGGACAUGCAAUCAACAACUGGAGUGAAGAGAAGAAAUUGACAAUGAGAUCCCUGUGCAAGUGAUUGCUUGUAAACCGGUCUCAAUAGCUUCAAUGUGGUUAUGAUAGAAUUAUAACUUUGUAUGUUUUCCCCUUUAAAAGGCAUUCCAAUAUUUUCAUCUUGCUUUGUCGAUGUAAUUGAUGGAAAUGAGUAGAAAGGCCAACCAUCAGCAUCUAGGAAUCAAUGAUAUUGAACAGAUUGAGAUGUAUUGUUUCAGGGAUUUAUCAAACAAUGGCUUAAUCAGAGAAGUGCAGAACUUCUGUCUCAGCUAGUCUUAUUGAAGAAAAUGUGGAGAUGGGGAAUGCAAUGAAAACAGAAUGAUUGGAGCUGGAAUUCAGUAUAUUUCAGUGUUAAUUAAAGCUGGAAAACGUUUACAAGAAUGCAUGUAGGGGUUCAUUUUUUUCAUUUUGAUUCAUGUCUUGAAGCAGAUGCGAACAAGAUUAUAUGCUUCACUUUCUAAAAUGCAAGGAGCAGUUAGAGAUAGAGAAUGUGAAUGAGAAAAAAAGACAUACAUCAAAAGAAAAGUGCCUCUGUUCUUUGCCUUGGAAAGCUAUGGCAGAAAUCCGCUAAGGCUGAUAAGGUGUCUUCAAGUGGACGCUGUAAUAUGUUUCAGUGUCUGAACCUGUACCUGUUUCAUUCUCAUUUGUUCUCCAUUUUCUUCUUGUAUUACUUGUUUCAUUCUCAUUUGUUCUCCCUUUUCUUCUACCACUACCAGGAAAACGUUUACAAGAAUGCAUGUAGCAGUUCGUUUGUUUCAUUUUGAUUCAUGUCUUAAGCAGAUGUGAACAAGAUUUUAUGUGUUUCAUGGAUUUAAAAAUGAUAGAAAGUAGUACAAUAGCUUAAUCCAACAGGAUAGUGCUUUCAAUAUUGAAUUAAAUAAUUUGAGACUGU